CCCACCAGCACACCCCCUCAGGGACACGGCUACUGGGUGGCAAUCCAGGAGAAGAGGAGCUGGGGAUGGGAUGCUGGGGGGGGACCACGGCACACACGUGUGCAUCCAUACACACAGCACUUGACCCCCCCACAGUAGGGUGCAACCUUGCUGCAGGGUGAUGUGGGGUGAUGGGGACAAGGGGGCACUGCCCUGUGCUGGGGGGCACCUCACAUCCUGACACUCAUCAAAAAAGCGGCCAGCCCCCACUCAGCACCACUUCCUGCUUUCACUUUGGUAGCGAGCUCAGGCCCUGGAUGGGGGUGGUGGUUCUCCCGGCCCCCCCCGGCAUUAAAGGUACAAAAGGAGAAGGAGUGCGGGCGUGGGGAGCAGUGAGAGGAGAGCAGCACCCAGCAGCACCUCAGGGCACCCACAGCUCUCCAGAGGUCCAGAGCUGGAGCCAUGGCAGGGGACGGGGAGCUCAGACGCGUCAUUAAGGACCUGCAGAAGACCAUUGCUGAGCUGAACCGUAGCUACAGGGAGCAGAACCUGCCGGUGACGGAUGGCAGUCGGGAGCUGCACAGCCUCUGUGCCCAGCUGGAGUUCCUCCUGCAGUUUGACCUCAAGGAGAAGAAGAGCUUCUUUGGGCAGCGCAAGGACUACUGGGAUUUCUUGUGCCAGGGCCUGGCGCAGCGUCGGCAGGAGCACGAAGGCAUCCGCUUCGUCAUCUCGCUGGACAAGCUGAAGACCCCUGUGGGCAGGGGCCGUGCCUUCCUGCGCUACUGCCUGGUGCACCGGCAGCUGGCUGAGUCCCUGCAGCUCUGCCUGAUCGACCCCGAGAGCCUCAGUGAGUGGUACUAUGCCCGCAGCCCCUUCCUGAGCCCCCAGCGGCGGGCUGAGAUACUGGGCAGCCUGUAUGAGCUGGAUGGCAUCACCUUCCACCUGGCCCUGCACAGGGCUGACCUGGACACCGCCUGGCCCAUGUUCUCUGAGACGCUGGUGCGGCCCAGUGUGGUGAAGAUGACCCUGCAAACAGAAGGUAGCAGCACAGGGGUACAUGGAUGUCCUGAUGGCAUCACCCAGCCAGUUGCAGUGCCCCACAGGGUGCCAGGCUGUCCCAGCCCACAGGCAGGGGGUGAGGAGGGGGAUGAUGUGGAAGCAGAAGAGAAUGGAGAGGAAGACAUGGAGGACGAUGAAAAGGAGGAGGACAUGCCCAGCACUGCCGAGGCACAGUGUAGCACCAAUGCAGAUCCCAACGUGACCCCAACACCCGACCCGGGGAUCACUCCUGGCUCCCCAGCUUAUAGUGGGAUGGAGGCAUCCCUGCGAGCACAGGUGUCCCAGCUGCGUGCCGAGCUGGGACGACAGGAGGAGGCCUGGCGUGCCCAGCUGGAACGGGAGGAGCGGCAGCACCGGCAGAAAGAGGAGCGCAGUGCCCGGCAGGUCCGGCUGUGGGCCCACGAGGCCGAGGCACUGCGGGACACCAACGCCUUCCUCAGCCGAACUCUGGCCGAGGCGGCGGGUGGCCCAGGGGGGCUGGCACAGGCUCAGGAAGAGGCUCGGCGGUGGCGGGAGGUGGCGGAGGAGCGGGCAGCACAACUGGACGAGGCAAUGGCAGAGGUGGCGGUGCUGACCUCGCGCCUGCAGGAGUGCCAGGCUGCGAUGCAGGCACGGGGACAGACAGACGCCCCAGCGCAGAUGGCCGCCCUGGAGGAGGUGCUGCGGCGGGCACUGGAGCUCUCCCGUGACCCACUGAUGGACAAUCAGGAAGAGGGGGACCCCAGCACGGCUGCUGGCAUGGCAAUGCACCUCGCGACCCUGGUCACAGCAACACAGGAGGAAGCCUUGCAGAGCAGGCAGCAGAUCCAGGCCCUGCGGGAGGAGGUGGUGCGGCUGCAGGAGCAGCUCAGCAGGGCUCGUCAGGACGGGGAGCGCUGGGCAUCAGCCCUGCAGCGGACGCAGCGGGAGGUGCAGGAGCGGGAGGCCAUGCGUGGCGCAGAGCAGGCACGGCAGCAGGAGCUCAUCCGCGACAUGAAGGGGCGGCUGCUGGAACUGCUGCGGGAGAAGGAUGCCCUGUGGCAGAAGACAGAGGGCAUUGACCCACAGGCACCCAGCCCGGCGCCCCGUGAUGUGGGGCUGUGCGCCCGUUGUGGCAAGGAUUUUCGCCUCCUGUCCCGGCGGUACAGCUGCAGGCUGUGCCAGGGCAAGGUGUGCCACACAUGCUCCGUGGACAUGGGGAAGCAGGGGCGAUGUUGCCUGCUCUGCUACCAGCAAAGGCACCCACAGGCUACGUGAGCUGGGAGGACAUCCAACCUGCUGGGACAUGGGGCCGGCGGGUAGGUCCUGCUGCUCUGGUUUUCAGGGUUGAGAUGUCUUUUGCAUGGCUGGCCCAUGGAGAAAGAAACAACCCGGUGCUGAUAUCCCAGUGGCUCCAGUGUCAUCAAUCCGUCAUUGCUGCUUUGAUGCCCUGAGGGGCAUUGGGAAUGGGCAUGCUGCUAUGGGGAAGUCUGAGCCCUCCUUGGGUGGACUGUCUGUUUAUGGGGUGUCUCUGCCGAGGCAAGACUUCACCCCAUCCUGAUGCAGGGAGUAUGCAAGGGGAGAGGGCUCUUAGCCAACAGCCUUGGUUUCCUGCCAGGCACCGCUUGAGCAAGACCUUUCCCAGACAUAAAGGUGAUGGGUUGGCCCUGAUCUGCUGCUUUGCUGCCCUGCAAGCCCCCUGCUGUCUCUGUCCAACUCAAUUCCUCCUCCCUCGGUGCCAGGAACCCUCAUAUCCUGUUCCCAGCCUCACUCCUAUCCCACAAUCCCUGAUGUCCUUAGGAUUAAGGAUCCCAGGAAGCUGUGGUAUGGAUGACAGAGGAGUGGAGUGGGACCCCAAUAGAGAAAUGCUGGGGAACGCUGGGGCAGACACCAUGAUGUCAGAUCACAUAUGGGAUGGCAGGAGGGACCCAACCUGGGCCACAAGCCCCUCUUUGCUCUGGUACCAGCCCCAGUUGCCUAAGCCAGUGCGGAAAAGCUCCCUCCGCCCCAUCCCAGUUGUGUAAGGGGCAGUUCCUGACUCUUUGCACAAUGCAGUGCUGUGGACAGGGGGUGUCCCAGGUGCUACCACCUUCAUGGAUUGCAGGGGAGAGACAGGGCUGGCUCAGUGUCACCAAGGACAGGGAACAGUCACUAACGGAUUUUGCAGGGAUUUGCUUUAUUUGAGUUCAAAUGGAACUGGGAAGGGGGUGGUGAGAGUUUGACCUCAGCCAUGUUUCCAGGUGCGCAGAGGUGACACAGAGACCCCAUACUAGGGAAGGACUCAGUGGUGGCACAGAGUGACGCCAGGUUGUGGUCCCCUUGAGGGAUGUGCAGGAUGCAAACCCUCUGCAACAGCCUCUUGGGUAACAGCACUUUCCCGCACUCACUGUCACCA